UUAUUUUAUCUAAAAAAAAAAAAAAACUUUAACGAUUAAUAUCUCGUCUCGUGGGGCAGAGCGACGCUUUUUUUCUGCCAGAUUCGUGUUCUACGCACAAAAAUACACAAUAUUGUUAAGUUUUAAUCAAAUGUGAGAUAGGCCGUCUCCUUCAGUAUUACCGAGAUAAAUUGGGUCAGUCUCUCAGGCCUUACGAAUCGCGAGGUGACACGCGGAAGGAGAGAACCUUAAAUAUCUCGGACGACUACGUCGUUUCUAAGAAUGUCGCAACAAAGUGCUAUCCAGUUGCCUACGACGACUACGACGGGUACGACAGGUUCGGACAUGACACCUGUACUUGGAACCUUGCCGUCUGUGGGGCCUAAUAAUCAAACGUCACCGGUUUUGCCUAACGUACAGAGCGGUGUUACCACAACCACCACUACUGCACAGUCUCAACAAACUCAAUACGUUCUACAACCUUCGAAACCAGUGCAACAAUCGUCCGCUCAAACUCCUUUUAGUGAUUUUCCACAAUUUUUAACAAAAACGAGAUUGCAAGAUUUGGUAAGAGAAGUAGAUCCUACUGAACAGUUAGAUGAGGAGGUAGAAGAGAUGCUUUUACAAUUAGCGGAUGAUUUUGUGGAAACAACAGUAAAUGCAGCUUGUCUAUUAGCUAAACAUCGUCAUGCUAACACGGUGGAAGUUAAAGAUGUACAAUUACAUUUGGAAAGAAAUUGGAAUAUGUGGAUUCCUGGUUUUGGUACAGAUGAAGUGCGUCCGUAUAAAAGAGCUACUGUCACUGAAGCUCAUAAACAAAGAUUAGCGCUUAUACGAAAAUCUAUAAAAAAAUAUUAAUCUUUCAUGAAUUAGUCUCAGUUUUGGAAAUAAAGCUUGUAUUUUAUACAUUUUUAAUAAGUUUAAUAACUGUAUAUUAUAUACUAUUAACAAUGAAUAUUUAUGAAAAAAAAUGUAUGUAAUUUUUCCUUUUCACACAUGCGCCGAUCAAUUUUCUUAUUUUAUACAGUUUUAUAAUAAAAAAAAAUUUUAUGUGAGAGAAUUGCUCAUUUUUUUUAACUUGUGUACAAAUAUUUCUUUAUGUACAGAAGUAACAGCCAAAAUACAGCUUCUUCCAAUGU